GAUUGUAAGUGUGAAGGAGACCCGGCUGACAAGUCUAGUGGCAAACUUCUUGGUUGGCCUCUCGCUGCUGCUCCUCCCUUUCCCUCUCCAGUGGAUCCCAAAACCGGUCCUCUAUGGCCUCUUCCUCUACAUCGCAUUGACCUCCAUUGAUGGGAACCAGCUCUUUGAAAGGGUGGCUCUCCUGCUCAAAGAACAGACCGCUUAUCCUCCGACACAUUACAUCCGCAGAGUGCCCCAGAGGAAGAUCCACUAUUUCACAGGCUUGCAGGUCCUGCAGCUCCUCAUCCUUUGUGGUUUCGGCAUGUCACCGUUGCCCUACAUGAAGAUGAUCUUCCCACUCAUCAUGAUAGGGAUGAUCCCUAUCAGGUAUAACCUGCUCCCUAGGAUCAUCGAAGCCAAGUACUUGGAUGCUAUGGAUGCAGAGCAUUAAAUGGGGUCCUCCACACACGGAGCAGCGAGGACAGCUCUCUUGGAGUUGGAAGGCAGCUUUGCCGAGGCGUAGAACAAUCUGUCUAGAGUUCUUUCUUUCACCACUUUCUUUCUGCCCUAAUAUGGCAUUGGUAAUGCACACAUAUCAAAGACCAAUUGAGCGUUGAAGUGUCAGACCAAAACAGCCUUGGACUUGGGAGGCCGAUGCUCUUUGGAGCUGUGAGGCAAGCAAGCUUUAUGGAAAUGCUACUUUCCACAUCCCAAAACUGGAAACCCCAAAGAUCAGCAUGUCUGUACAGUUGGAGCAGGCGUUCUCAGAGUUGUUGUGUGCUCCCUUGUUUGAG